CAUCAGCGCCGCGUGAACCAUUAGCGACUCCCAGUCACGUGAUUGCCUGUCUGAGAAAGUCGCAGCGCCUUGCGCAGCUUCGUCAGUCGGGAGUUUGCGCCGUUUUCAAUGAGUGUGGGAUUCUCUCGCACAAGCCUCCGCUGAAACUGUCUACGAACUCUGGAAUAAAGAUAUGAAUCCCGGGAAAGAAAAGGAAAAGUGCGAGUAUCUAAGAAUUUGACACUUUGGUGGCUUUUUUUCCUGCACGUGGAAAACUGUUCUGGCGUCUACUCCAAUGCCCCAACUGUAGACACCUCCAGCCACUGCUCUCGUACACCUGCCAGCCAGCCGCCUGCGGGGACAAGCGCAGGAUUUCUAUUGGUUCUCCGUCGGCAUGGCGCCCCAGGUGCGCAUCCUGGCCCUCUUCCUCCUGUCGCUGUGCUGUGACCGGGGCUCCCUGCGCCACAGCACCUCCUGGAAGCCGCAGUGGCCGCUGCUCCGCGUUCCCGUGGUCAUGCCCCAGCAGACGCUGGAGAGGCCGGCCCCGCACUUCCUGGCCGAGGCCAAGCUGGAGGUGACCUCCACCUGCGACCCGGACUGCCACAAGCAGGCCCCGACCCCCGGCUACUGGGACCUGCGCGAGUACCUGUCCUACGAGACGCUGCACGCCAACGGCAGCCUGGUGGAGACGGCGGUGGGCAUCUACGGGUUCAACACGGCCGACCUGCGGAGGGAGGCGGCCGGGCGCUCCCGGGCCCGCAGGCAGAUCUACGGGCCGGACAGCCGCUUCAGCAUCGUGGGCCAGGACUUCCUGCUCAACUACCCCUUCUCCACCGCCGUCAAGCUGUCCACGGGCUGCACGGGCACACUGGUGGGGGACCGCCACGUCCUCACGGCGGCGCACUGCGUGCACGACGGCAAGAACUACGUCAAGGGGGCGCAGAAGCUGAGGGUGGGCUUCCUGAAGCCGCGGCAACGCGACGCCCCGCAGGCCAACAGGACCGGCUCCCCCGGCCGGCCCGACAAGAUGAAGUUCCAGUGGAUUCGCGUGAAGCGCACGCACGUGCCCAAGGGCUGGGUCAAGGGCAGCGCCAACGAGAUCGGCAUGGACUACGACUACGCCCUGCUGGAGCUGAAGAAGCCCCACCAGCGCCGCUACAUGCGGAUGGGGGUGAGCCCCGCCGCCCGCCUGCUGCCCGGCAAGAGGGUGCAGUUCUCCGGGUUCGACAACGACCGCGCGGGCCAGCUGGUGUUCCGCUUCUGCAAGGCCCACGAGGAGACCUACGACCUGCUGUACCAGCACUGCGACGCCCAGCCGGGCGCCAGCGGCUCCGGGGUCUACGCCCGCAUGUGGAACCGGCAGCGGCGGCGCUGGGAGCGCAAGGUCAUCGGCGUCUUCUCCGGGCACCAGUGGGUCGACCGCGACGGCGCCCCCGAGGAGUUCAACGUGGCGGUGCGCGUCACCCCCCUGAAGUACGCGCAGAUCUGCUACUGGAUCAAAGGCAACUAUGUGGACUGCAGGGAAGGCUGAGGAACAUGGACACGUAUAUGCAUGCAUGCACAGCCACACACAUGCACACAUGCAUGCAUAGCCACACACAAGCACACAUGCAUGCACACCCUCUCACAAGCACACAUGCAUACCCACACAGA